CCUGCUGCAGAUCUUCAGAAGCUGCCAAGUGUAGCAUCAAGCUAACGCUAGCUAUCAGGACAUUAUCAACCCCAGUCUGGGGCAUUUAUUUAGUCGUUAAUUUGGUGGCUGGCCCAAGGCUGGCUUAUCUGGUCAAAUAUGCAGAAAUAUGAAAAACUGGAAAAAAUCGGGGAGGGCACAUAUGGCACAGUUUUUAAGGCUAAAAACAGAGAAACCCACGAAAUAGUGGCUUUGAAAAGGGUGAGGCUGGACGAUGACGAUGAGGGGGUGCCCAGCUCUGCUCUGAGAGAAAUCUGCCUUCUGAAGGAACUAAAACAUAAAAACAUUGUCAGACUACAUGAUGUUUUGCACAGUGACAAGAAGUUAACAUUGGUUUUUGAAUAUUGUGAUCAGGAUUUGAAGAAGUAUUUUGACAGCUGCAAUGGGGAUCUGGACCCAGAAACUGUGAAGUCAUUCAUGUACCAGCUGCUGAAAGGCCUUGCUUUCUGUCACAGUCGAAAUGUUCUUCAUAGAGAUCUGAAGCCACAGAAUCUCCUCAUCAACAGAAAUGGGGAGCUGAAGCUUGCUGACUUUGGGUUGGCUCGAGCCUUUGGUAUUCCUGUGAGGUGUUACUCAGCAGAGGUGGUGACCUUGUGGUACCGGCCUCCAGAUGUGCUGUUUGGUGCCAAACUUUAUUCUACCUCAAUUGACAUGUGGUCUGCUGGAUGCAUAUUUGCAGAGCUGGCUAAUGCUGGAAGGCCUUUAUUCCCUGGGAAUGAUGUGGACGACCAGUUGAAAAGAAUCUUCAGAUUGUUGGGGACACCGACUGAAGAACAAUGGCAAACAAUGACCAAACUUCCUGAUUACAAGCCAUAUCCCAUGUAUCCAGCCACCACCUCACUGGUGAAUGUGGUCCCUAAACUAAGUAGCACAGGACGGGAUCUACUCCAGAACCUGUUGAAAUGUAAUCCCGUGCAGAGGAUCUCUGCAGAGGAAGCCUUGCAGCACCCAUACUUUGCUGAUUUCUGCCCACCGUAAAUGCCACGUUGCCGCUCGGUGAAGCUCAGCCGCCAGAAUCAAUCAUCCUUUGCUCUGUUGGUUUCAUUCCGUUCAGUCGCUCAUCAGUUUCCAAACACUCCCCUGCAAUUAAUUCAGCUGUGCCUCUGUGUGUCACCAAGUCCUUGUGGAUCUGCAAGGUUUUCAUUUCUUGUAAGUUGAAAGCCAAUUAUAUAUAUAUAUAUAUAUAUAUAUAUAU